AUGACAGAUCUCUCCCUGCCGCUCGCGUCAGAAAAGUCACCUCUGCCAGCAAUCAUUGUCACCCCGUCCUCGCCUUCCUCUGCACACGACUACAGCAUUGCUUUCCUUGCCCCACCAAAAGAACCUGGUUUCUUCGAAAGGCUCGGCGCUAGAUUGCACUGGACCAAAGCCGCUGCCGCUGCUGAAUCCAAUCCCAAUGCCUCAUUCGGGGUCGGAUUACGCGCCCAAACCGCUCGUACAUUACUCAUCCUCUUCCUCAUCCUCUUCGUAAUGCUUACCCACGUCGUCACUCACCGGAUGGCACAAACGUCGAGACGGCCGCAUUUGGAUUUUUCGGUGCAAGAUUCGAGCCCGGCUCCCGUCGCUGCGUCGUAUGUAUUGGGUGAGAUUGGUGUCAGUGAGGGCAUGGAUGGGUUAUCAAAUGGUUCAGGUGGUGUCGAUCAAUUUGAGGGAUUUGAAGGAACUGACUCGGUCCCUUCCUCGGCAAUGGAAGGUGGACAUAGAAAUGGGUUUGGAGGGGUUGCUCAAGGUCACGGACACAGACACGCCCAUGGUGGUUGGUUCGAUCUCAGUCGUUAUUGGGGUGAUGACCAAGAGGAAGAAGACGAAAAGAGAGACUUCAUCGUUUUUGCCUGA